AAGAAAGCGUUUCCGUGUUUCCCAAAUGUUCCGCCGCCACCUGCCGUUUACGAGAAAGUGAUUCGUUUGGAGGACAAAGAAAAUGAGCCGGAAGAUGAGGUGGAUGAUGAGGAGGACACUGCAGAACAAGCUGAACCAGGCGCUGAAGAGGAAGAUAUGGCAGAAGAGGUCGAUGAGUACGAAGAGGAAUAG